AACAACCAGAACAGAAUCGACAUCCAUUCCAACCACACCUGCUACAACAACUACACAGCCAACGACAACACCUUACAGUGAGCCUCCAACUUCAACUAUGCAUCCAACAUCCAGAACAGAAUCGACAUCCAUUCCAACUACACCUGCUGUAACAGGAACAAUGCCAACUUCAACCACAAAAUCAACAACCCCCUUCACUGAGUUUCCUACUUCAACUCAAGGACCAACAACUACAACGGAAUCGACAUCCAUUCCAACCACACCUGCUACAACAACUACACAGCCAACGACAACAUCCAGAACACCUCACAGUGAACCUCCAACUACAACUGCUACAACACCAGAGCUUUCCACAACAAUGACAUUUUCAACAACUCUUUCCACAUUUGAACCUGAAAUUACAGAAUCUCCUGGGCCAUCUUCAACACCACCAAGAACUUUACCCAUUGUCUCUAUCCAAACUACUAUGCCUACACUUCAGACUCCUACUUCAACUCUAUGGUCAUCAACAACAAAAACAGAAUCUACAACCGUCUCACCCACACGUCCUACAACAACUGCACAUCUAACUACGACGACAACAUCUGCAUCAAUACCAACAGAACCUCCGACCAUAACCCAGAUGGCAAGUACAACCAUAAAAUCUACAUUUACAUCUACAGGCCCUCCUUCUACUACAACAAGACAAUCUACAACACAACCAACCAAACCACCUGGUACAACUGAGGAACUAACUACAACAAAACCUACAACCCCAUCAACAGAAUACCCAACUCCAAGUACCACUACACAAUGUGUCUGUAUAGUUAAUGGCACUAUCUAUAAGCCUGGUGAUGUAAUAUUUGACAGGGAAGACCUUGGAUCAAACAUAUGUCUCACAAUGAUAUGUUCUGACACGUGUGAGCUUCACAAUACAACAGAAUUAUGCACUACUCCUAUGCCUACAGUUACAAGUGCUAGUACUACAACAAGUAUAAGUACAACUAAACCUCUACCCGGAUGCCCUGAAUGGGAUGUACAACAAAAUGAGACCUUCCAUCUGUGCAACUGCACCUGGGCUAAAUGCAUUGAGAAUACUACAGUUGAAAUAUUUCAAAAAGAAUGUCCACCCAUUGAGAACAUCACUUGUAGUAAUGGAAAUGCACCAGUUUUUGUUCCUGAUGAAUACGGCUGCUGCCAACAUCCCGUUUGUGACUGUGUAUGCCAAGGCUGGGAUUAUCCUCAUUACAUUACAUUCGAUGGACUAUACUACACUUACCAAGGAAAUUGUACUUACAUUUUAAUGAAAGAGAUUGAUGAACAACAAAAGCUGAAGAUUUAUAUUGACAAUGUCUUUUGUGAUCCAGCGGAAGUUGUGACUUGUUCACGAUCAUUAAUUAUAUCAUACGAAUCACAAAUUGUCAAACUCAUAAAUCAUAACCAUAUGGGAGCACCACAAUUGGAGGCACUGAAAAAUGGAGUACCCCUAAAACUGCCUUAUUCACAAUAUGGUGUUAAAAUAUUGGAUUCUGGCAUUAAUUUGGUUUUGGAGAUCCCGAGCAUAAGAGUAGUCAUUACAUUUGGAAUAGCUAGUUUUAGUGUUACUCUUCCAUAUGAAUUGUUUGGUAGAAACACUCAGGGCCAUUGUGGAACAUGCAACAACAAUCAGGCAGAUGACUGCAUGCUGCCUAACAACCAGCUGGUUGAAAGUUGUACAAUGGUGGCUGACUAUUGGCUUGCAGAAGACAUUAAUCAACCCAGCUGCGAGACACCAGCUGUAAUGUCCAUAAACAAACCUAAAACUUCACCAAACCCAAACCCAAUUCCAUGCAAUUCUGACAGUAUGUGUGACUUGCUAAAAAGCAGUGUCUUUGCCGAGUGCCAUCCCUUUGUCUCACCUGAAAAUUUCUACAGAGGUUGUAUAUUUGACGGCUGCCAUGUUUCCAACCCAGCAGCAGAGUGCACAAGUUUGCAGACUUAUGCUGCUGCCUGUGCCCGGGCUGGGAUUUGCAUUCACUGGAGGAUCCACACCAAACACUGUAAAAUUGACUGCCCGUCAAACAAAAUUUACAAGCCAUGUGAUCCUGCAGAACAGUCAACAUGUGAAGACAAUCCUAAUGAAAUAAAUAUGAAGUUCAUCACCGAAGGCUGCUUUUGUCCAGAAGGGAUGACACUCCUCAACAAAGAGUCUGACAAAUGUGUCAAUAAGUGUGGAUGUCUGGAUCCUGAGGGCAUUCCUCGUGAGUAUAAUGAGACAUUUGAAUACAAAUGCCAAAACUGCAUCUGUGAGGAGUCCACCAAGGCUGUGUCUUGCAAGCCAAAGACAUGCCAACAACCGCCUAUGAUGAAAUGCACAGGUCCAGGGUUUGCCCUUGUCAAACAAACUGAUUCUUCAGACCACUGUUGUUCUGUUUACAUUUGCCAAUGUCAAAGCAACCUUUGCCCAGUUAACAACAUAAACUGUCCAGUUGGAUAUGUACCAGCUUUCAGCAUACACGAGGGAAAAUGCUGUCCAGAACAUAGCUGUGAGCCAAAAAAAGUGUGUGUUCACAAACAGAUUGAGUACCAGCCUGGCUCUUCAGUUCCUGUGCAAGUAUGUCAGAAAUGCAUCUGUACCAAUGAGGUGGACCCCAUGUCUGGUCUAUUCAAAAUAUUCUGUGAGCUUCAGCAAUGUCAGCAAGAUUGUGAAAGGGGGUAUGAAUAUAUGGAAAGUUCUUCAGGUGAAUGCUGUGGGGAGUGUGUGCAGACACACUGUGACUUUGCUGUUAACGGUACCAAGCAUCUGUUGAUGCAAGGACAAACCUGGUCACCGCCUGAGAAUAAGUGUGACCAUUACAACUGUGUCAAGAGCGGUGAAACUUUAACAAUGGUCAUGUCACAUAUUGUGUGCCCCCCUUUCCAACUUAGCAAUUGUGAACCUGAUACAAUUCAGACUGCAGCCAAUGGCUGUUGUAAAACUUGUGUGGAAAAGGAGAAAGCCUGCAAGUUAGUAUCCAUGAAAACCCAUGUUAUACACAAGGGCUGUCAGUCGUACGAGGAGGUAGAUAUACCAUACUGUGAAGGAUCCUGCAAUACCUAUACCAAGUACUCUGAAACAGCAGCUAUUAUGCAGCAGUCUUGUGCCUGCUGUAAGGAGACACGCUUUAGCAAACGCACUGUUGAUUUGCACUGCCUGGAUGGAGAUGUGGUUUCCUACUCAUACACACAUGUGGAAAAGUGUGGCUGUAGCCACACAGACUGCAACAAUGCUGAGGGGCAUCAAAUUCGCAGGAGGCGAAGAUUCACAUCGGUCUGAAAUACCAAAACCACACUACUGAAUGUGGAAUGACAAAGUUCUUCCCAUUCUGGUCGACCAAUCACUACACCUCUUACAAAGAAAUAUUUAUCAUAUGCCAUGUAUGAUGAAAUAAAGAAAUGCAACUUCUUUCAGUCUGUUUCUCUGUUUGUCAAUCCAAAUCGUAUUGCAGUCAAUAUCAUUAAAAUUAGUUGUUGCAAUGUCAUUUUCAGUUUAUUUACAAUAAAAUAUUGCUGGAACAUAAUUGUAAC